CGUAUUUCGGGAAAUAUAUUUCCCCCCUCUUCAAGAUUUUUCCGAACAUGAAAAGCGGAAAGUCGUAAAAUUAUUUUGUAAACUUUUACAAAAUUCAUUAACAACGUGGUAGUGGUUACGUGAAGUUAUAUUAUAACUCAUGACAUUAUCAUCAUUGUUGCACGAGAUUCCUGUCAAUUUUUAAUCAUUUUGGGCCACAUCAUGAAAGAGUACUGGUUCGAACAAUAUUGUAAAUACUUUUCAUUACCUACUAAAAAAGUGACAACAUCGGAAUAUGAUAUCAUUGCUUUAAAAGUCGGCGUAAUUCUUAUAUAACCUCAAAAUUAUUUUGACAUUAGUCUGUCGUAAAUUCUCGUUAAAUAUUUAUUUAUAAUCAACAAUGGCACCAAAUAUUUUAAAAAGUAGCUUGCAAAAUGCAUCUUUCAGUAUCAUUUUUCAGAUUUUAUGUCGAGGCGUUACAUUCCUGUUAAACGCUUUUACAGUACGACAUGUAGGUCAAGAUGUAUUGGGUGUUAUGAAUGUUCGAUUAUUAUUAUUGGAAUCAAUGAUUCUUUCUUUAUGCAAAGAACCAUUUUUUAAAGCAUGUCUAACAAAUACAGCAGAGCACAACUGGGCUCAAGUUGUAAAUAUUCUUUGGCUAACGGUGCCAAUUUGUGGUAUGGCUUCUGCAAUUCUUGGAUAUAUUUGGCUUUCGCUUCUAUCAACUGUCGAAGAAUUGCCACCGUAUUACACAUUUGCAGUGUGGGCAGUAGCAAUAUCCUGUAUUAUUGAAUUAUCUUCUCUAGUAGUUCAAUUAGUUUCCAGUGCAUUUUUAUUCGUCAGAUUGAAGAUUGUUCUGGACUCUAUUAUGAUUGCGCUUCGAACAUUGACGUUCGUUUGUUUUAUAAUUUAUAAUCCAGAAAAUGCUUUGCUUGCAUUUGGAGUGGCCCAAUUAAUGGCAGCAGUAUUUUAUACCGCGAGUCAUUAUAUUUACUUCCACUAUUAUAUUAAAACUUUGAAAAAGGAUAAAAGUAAAUUGAAGAGACGAAUGUCUAUAAAUGAAAAUGAGGAAUAUAUUUUGUCGGAUUUUCCAUUUAAAACGAUAAAGGAUUUUUUACCAGGACAACUGAGAAACAAUGAAUCUUCAUUGUUUGGCAAAUUGGGUGCAUUGACGAGAAGUUUUUUUGGACAGGGUAGUUUAAAGUUAAUAUUAACCGAGGGUGAAAGACUGAUUAUGACAAUCAUGCCUGUAUUGACAUUCAAAGAGCAAGGAGCAUAUGAGUUAGUUAAUAAUUUAGGCUCCUUAGCAGCUAGAUUCAUUUUCCGUCCUAUUGAAGAUAGUGGAUAUUUUUAUUUUACUCAAAUGGUUCAACGAGAUAAAACUUUAAACGAACAAAAUCCUGCAAAAGUACAAGAAAGUGUGAAUGUAUUGAUGAAUCUCUGUUCGGCAGUUACUUCAAUUGGUUUAAUAGUUUUAGUUUUUGGCCAAUCAUACUCUUCAUUAUUGUUAUGGUUGUAUGGUGGUUCAAAAUUAAUAAACGAACCUUUACCUGUAUUUUUAUUGAAAACUCAUUGUUUGGCUGUUUUAUUAUUAGGCAUCAAUGGAGUUACAGAAUGUUAUACAAACGCUACUGCUGACAGUAAAACUAUCAAUAAGAAUAAUAUUGUCAUGAUUUGUGAGUCUAUUGUUUUUCUUGUGGCCUCAUACAUAUUUGUUAUAUUAUUUGGACCAGUAGGAUUUAUAUUUGGAAAUUGUGUUAAUAUGGGACUUAGAAUUAUACAUUCUAUUUUAUUUAUUAACAAAAGACAUCGAGAUACUAAUCAUCGUCCACUUCGUGGUCUUAUUCUGAAACCAGUGUUUAGUGGCUCUUUAUUAUUUGCAGCCCUAAUCACCAACAUUUCUCAAGCGUAUUUCUUUCCAGACUCUAAACUAUUCCAUUUUUUUAUUGGAGGAGUAAUGUUUUUAAUAGUGAUUUUAUCCUGGGCAUAUGAGCAUCAAGAUUUAAUUCGACUGGGCAUUAGUAAAUGGUACGAUAGACGAAACAGUCGUAGGAAGAAUGAAUGACCUUAAAUGUCAUUUUUAUAAAUUAAUUAUUGUAUCACAAAAUUUUACAUCAUUACAUCUGUAUAUUUGACAAAUAAUAUAUAUUUAUUUUAUAUAAAUACCAAA